AAUUUACGUAACUAAUCACUUAGAACUUGAUAUAUAUAUUUCCAAAUUUUAACAGAUCUUAGAAGCCUGGCUCUACAUAAAAAAUCAAAAUACUCAUUCAGCAAAAAAGAAAAAACAAAAAGAAUGCGUGUAGAUCAGCUUGUGGGACCUUCUUGUCCAAAUCAGUAGCCUGGUCGUAUUGUUACAUCACCUUCAGCCUUUGAUGAAUCCAACCGUCCACCUCAUCCCCCUUAUCCUCCCUUCAAAUUUAUAUCGUCAUUUACACAUUAAACAUCCCCCCAACUCCUUCAUUCACAAAGAAAAAAACAAAAACUAAGCUGUACUACCAGUAAUGAAACCCUACACCCGGAAACUCUUCCUCUAUUAUGACCCUCCCUACUCCACCGCCACCACCACUAACGCCACUUCAUCUCCGCCGUCCUACUUCAAUAAGUUAUCCCUGCACAACCCUCCUGUUGACUCCUCCAUGGCUCUCACCAUAGUCGUUCUUCUCACUGCUCUCUUCUUCAUGGGCUUUUUCUCUAUCUAUUUUCAUUGUAUGUCUGAAGACACAACAGCCCAUCUCUCUCGUAGAAGACGUUACCGUGGUGGCCCACUUGACCCCUUUCCAUUGCCGUCUGAUCACCGUCAUGGCUCAGCUUCACGUAAAGGACUCGACCCAACAACCGUUCGAUCGCUGCCGGUGUAUUCUUACCAUGGGAAUGCCAAGUACCAGAUAGAUUGCGCCAUUUGUCUGAGCGAGUUCGAAGAGAGGGAAUGUGUUAAAACGAUUCCGUAUUGCAAACAUGUUUUCCAUGUGGAGUGUAUUGACACGUGGCUUGUUUAUCAUGUUUCGUGUCCCGUUUGUAGAGGGACCAGGCUGUUGGAGGUCAAGGGCGACGAUGGUGGAUUGGGAGUAAUGCAGGAGAGAAUUGAUCAGAGUGUCGGCCAAUCAUCUACGGUUGAGAUCGGUGACACCUGUAUGGUGAUGGGAACAACAUCAAGGAUGAGGAGAACGAAUAGCUGUUCAAGUUUACUGCAACCAGCAAUGUUGCCAAGGACAUUGAGUUUCUGAUACUUACAAGGUGACACGUGUAAAUGUUAAUAAAAGGAGUACAUAAAAAUUUUUUCUUACUUAUUUACUUGCAAUAGUUUCAAGGAAAAUCUAUGGCUUUCCCGUUUGGGUUUUGAUUAAUUUUUGUCGAGAAGUACCUUUCUUUAGCCAUACACGAAGCUGGAGAAAGUGAGUUUGCAUUACAACGGAAGACUCAGGAAACCACAAGUGGCGGCACCUUAUGACACUGAUUGAAACCGAUGGCGCAUGAAAAAGACUUGAUGCACGGUGGCAUCUAAUUAUUAUUUUGGGCCAAAAGUCCGACCUACGUUUGAGUGAUGUUUUGAACUUGCAACAGUCGCCUUUCUUCGCUUAUAUCUGAGUCCUAUCGGACGAAAUUAAAAUUAAAAUUAAAAUUUACACUCCCAAUUAAA